CGGCGGCGACCGCUACAGGGGACGGGGCGGGUGGUGCGUCGCGGGCGCGGAGGCAGGAGCUGUCUCAUUGUUCCGGGAGCCGUCGCCUCUGCAGCUCCCUCGGCUCGGUCGGCCCGGCCCCUCUGCGUCCUCCCAGCCCCCAGCACCGCCCGUGGCUCGAGGAGCGGCUUCGCGGCGGCAGCAGCAUCAUCUCCGACCCGUCAGCCAUGGAGGACCUGGACCAGUCGCCUCUGGUCUCCUCAUCCGCAGACAGCCCACCCCGGCCUCAGCCCGCGUUCAAGUACCAGUUCGUGAGGGAGCCGGAGGACGAGGAGGAAGAGGACGAGGAGGACGAGGAGGAGGACGAGGAAGAUAUGGAAGAGCUGGAGGUCCUGGAGAGGAAGCCCGCCGCCGGGCUGUCUGCGGCCCCGGUGCCACCCGCCGCCGCCGCGCCCUUGUUGGACUUCGGGAGUGACUUCGUGCCCCCCGCGCCCCGGGGACCCCUGCCGGCCGCGCCCCCCUCCGCCCCUGAGCGGCAGCCGUCUUGGGACCGGAGCCCCACCCCGUCGUCGGGGCCCGCGCCACCCCUGCCCGGCGCUGCCGCAGUCUCGCCCACCGAGCUCCCCGAGGACGACAAGCCCCCGGCGCGGCCUCCCCCUCCGCCCCCGGCCGGCGCGAGCCCCCAGGCGGAGCCCGCGUGGACCCCGCCCGCCCCGGCGCCCGCCGCGCCCCCUUCAACCCCGGCCGCGCCCAAGCGCAGGGGCUCCGUGGAUGAGACCCUUUUUGCUCUUCCUGCUGCAUCUGAGCCUGUGAUACACUCCUCUGCAGAAAAAAUUAUGGACAUGAAGGAGCAGCCAGGUAACACUGUUUCAUCUGGUCAAGAGGAUUUCCCAUCUGUCCUGCUUGAAACUGCUGCCUCUCUUCCUUCUCUAUCUCCUCUCUCAGCUGCUUCUUUUAAAGAACAUGAAUACCUUGGUAACUUGCCAGCAGUAUCACCCACAGAAAGAACACUUCAAGAAACUGUAAAGGAAGCUUCUAAAGGGUUCUUGGAGAGGGCAAAAAAUCCAUUUAUAGAUAGAGAUUUAACAGAGUUUGCAGAAUUAGAAUACUCACAAAUGGGCUCAACAUUUGGUGGCUGUCCAAAAGCAGAAUCCACCACACUAGUAGAAAACCCUAGUGAAGAAGUAAUUGUGAAGAUAAAAGAUGAAGAGGAUUUAGUUAGUAAUGCAAUCCUUUGCAGUCCACAAGAAACAUCUGUGGCCCUUACUAAGUUGGCUAAUGAAGAGGACAAAGCGAUAUCUCCAGACAAAACUAAGGACAGUUUUAGUGACAAGGGAAUGGCAGUAGAAGCCCCCAUGAGGGAAGAAUAUGCAGACUUCAAACCAUUUGAGCGAGUAUGGGGAAUGAAAGAUACCUGUCAGGGCAACAGUGACGUGUUGGCUGUUAGAGGUAAUAUGGAAAGCGAGUUGGAAAGUAAAGUGGAUAAGAAAUAUUUUGCAGAUAACCUUGAGCAAACCAGUCAUGAAAAAGAUAAUGAAAGUAGUAAUGGUGAUACUUCUUUUCCCAGCACACCAGAACCUGUGAAAGAUGGUUCAAAAGCAUAUAUCACAUGUACUCCCUUUAGCCCAUCAACCGAGAAUGUUGCAACAAACAUUUUUCCUUUGUUAGAAGAUCAGACUUCAGAAAAUAAGACUGAUGAGAAAAAAAUAGAAGAAAGGAAGGCUCAGAUUGUAACAGAGAAGACCAGUACCAAAGUAUCAAACCCUUUUCUUAUGGCAGCACAAGAUUCCGAGGCAGAUUAUGUCACUACAGAUACCUUAUCAAAGGUGACUGAAGCAGUGGUGGCAAGCAUGCCUGAAGGUCUAACUCCAGACCUAGUUCAGGAAGCAUGUGAAAGCGAAUUGAACGAAGCUACAGGUACAAAGAUUGCUUAUGAAACAAAAAUGGACUUGGUCCAGACAUCAGAAGCUUUGCAAGAAUCACUUUAUCCGGUAGCACAGCUUUGCCCAUCAUUUGAAGAAUCAGAAGCAACUCCUUCCCCAGUUUUGCCUGACAUUGUUAUGGAAGCACCACUAAAUUCUCUACUUCCUACUUCCAGUGCUUCUGUGGUGCAGCCCAGUGUGUCACCACUGCAAGCCCCUCCAUUAGCAGAUUAUGACACUGUAAAGUUUGAACCUGAAAAUCCCCCACCAUAUGAAGAAGCUACAAACCUAUCCCUAAAAACAGUUCCUGGAAUAAAAGAAAACAUGAGAGAGUCUGAAAAUGUGACUGCAGUUGUUCAGGAAACAGAAGCUCCUUAUAUCUCUAUUGCAUGUGAUUUAAUUAAAGAAACAAAGCUGUCCACAGAACCAAGUCCUGAUUUCUCAAAUUACUCAGAAAUAGCAAAAGGUGAAAAGCCAGUGGCUGAUUAUGGUGAACCCAUUGAGGAUUCCUCACCUGACUCCGAACCAGUAGACUUGUUUAGUGAUGACUCAAUCCCAGAAGUCCCACAAAAACAAGAGGAAGCCAUGAUGCUCAUGAAAGAAAAUCUCACUGAAAUAUCUGAACACAAUAAGGAACAACUUAAUGUUUUACCACAUGAGGUGGGAAAGCCAUAUUUAGAGUCUUUUCAGCCCAAUCUAGGUAUCACUAAAGGUAGUCUAUCAUCUGAUGGAAUUUCAACAUUGACCCAAAAGGAGAAAAUUCCUUUGCAAAUGGAGGAGCUCAAUACUACAGUUUAUUCAAAUGAUGACUUCCUUAUUUCUAAGGAAGCAAAAAUAAAAGAAAGUGAUACAUUUUCAGAUUCAUCUCCCAUAGAGAUUAUAGAUGAUUUCCCUACAUUUGUCAGUUAUAAAUCUGAUUCUUCUAAAUUAACCAGGGAGUCCACUGUCCUAGAAGUAUCCAACAGAAGUGAAGUUGCUCAUGUCCAGAGUGGAGCUUGCUCAGAAUUUCCUCAUGACCUUUCUUUCAAGAACAUGCAGCCUAAAGAUGAAGUCCAUGUCUCAGGUGACUUCUCCAGAGAUAAGUCUGAUGUAUCAAAGGUGUCCUUACUGCCUCCAGAUGUUUCUGCUUUGGCAGCUCAAACAGAAGCAGGCAGCAUAGUCAAACCCAAAGUUCCUAUGAAAGAAGCUGAGAAAAGACUUCCUUCUGAUACAGAAAAAGCGGAUAAAGCACUACCAGCUAUAUUUCCAGCAGAGCUGAGUAAAACUUCAGUUGUUGACCUCCUCUACUGGAGAGACAUUAGGAAGACAGGAGUGGUGUUUGGUGCCAGCUUGUUCCUGCUGCUUUCGUUGACAGUAUUCAGCAUCGUGAGUGUGGCGGCCUACAUUGCCUUGGCUCUGCUCUCUGUGACUGUCAGCUUUAGGGUGUAUAAGGGGGUGAUCCAAGCGAUUCAGAAGUCUGACGAGGGCCACCCAUUCAGGGCAUAUUUGGAAUCUGAAGUUGCUAUCUCAGAGGAAUGGAUUCAGAAAUACAGUAAUUCUGCUCUUGGGCAUGUGAACUGCACUGUGAAAGAACUCAGGCGCCUCUUCUUAGUUGAUGAUUUAGUUGAUUCUCUGAAGUUUGCAGUGUUGAUGUGGGUGUUUACUUACGUUGGUGCCUUGUUCAAUGGUCUGACACUACUGAUUUUGGCUCUGAUUUCACUCUUCAGUGUUCCUGUUAUCUAUGAACGGCAUCAGGUGCAGAUAGAUCAUUAUAUAGGACUUGCAAAUAAGAAUGUCAAAGAUGCUAUGGCUAAAAUCCAAGCAAAAAUACCUGGAUUAAAGCGCAAAGCUGAAUGAAAAAGCCCAGAACAAUUAACAGUAGGAGUUUGUCGUUAGAGGGGAUAUUCAUUUGACUACAUGGGGGAGGGUCAGGGAAAAAUGAAACCUUGACAUUGCAGUGCAGUUUCAGAUCUUUAUUUUUAGCAAUGCACUGUUAGAGGAAAAAUUGCCUGUCUUCCCUAUGUUCAUCAUUUUAAGUAUUGUAAGCUGCUAUGUAUGGGUUUAAAUUGUAAUCACAUUUGUUUUUCCUACAUGAGGCACUGGCAAAAUAAAGUGAUCUGAGAAAGCUGUAUAUUACAUUUUGUUGCAGGUAGUCUUGCUGUAUUUUGGAGACGUUACAGCUGAAAAUAAAAAACCUUUUCACAGUUUGUGCACUGUGUAUAGUUGGUGUAAAUUGAUAGAUUUUUCUGAAAUGAAAUGUUUAGAUGACAUCAUACCACUAAAGCAGGAAUGAAAAGGCUGCCUUUCUGGUAUGUUCUAGGUGUAUUGUGAAUUUUACUGUUAUAUUGCCAAUAUAAGUAAAUAUAAUCUAUAUAGUGUUUCACAAAGCUUAGAUCUUUACCUUCCAGCUUCCUUCACAGUGCUUGAUAUUUGAGUUAUUGGUUAUACAUGUGUAGUUACAAAGUACAUAAACUAGGAAAAGAAAAUAUAUUUCUAGGAACACUACCAUCUGUUUUCAACAAAACAAUGUCACACACAUAGAACUCCAACUUCAUUUCAAAGACUUACUGUAUAGUUAAUUUUGUCACAAACUAUGGACUGAAUCUAAUGCUUCCAAAAUAUUUGCAAAAUAUAAAAACUUUGUUAUGCAAGAAAUCAUAAAAUGAAGACUUACACCAUUGUGGUUUAAGCUGUAUGAACUAAAUCUGUGGAAUGCAUUGUGAAAUGUAAAAGCAACGUAUCAAUAAAGCUUAUAGACCUAA